ACAUGUUGCUUGUCGGCCUAAGAUACACUCUGAUUUUAGCCAUUAGCGGCUGUUUUUUGAUACCAAUCCGAGGAGCUCAAGCUGAAAUUGACCAGGAGUUGCCGCAUCGCAUCUACCGACUCCUAGACGGGCUCUCCGGCGGACGAAGCCUCAGUGCCAGCUCCACAUUCGCCCUGCUCCUCUCGCAAUUCCUGAUAAAACAGAAAUUGCGAUACGUGGCGCCCACGCGUUAUGAACGGCAACUCUACUACCAUCUGCUGCACAGGCUGGAGCACAUCAGGGACCGAUCGGGAAUGGUUAGGGAUCGAGGAACCCAGGGUGAAAUCCUUAGCAUUGCUUUUCAAAAAAACAUUUUGCUGCUGCCACCCUCGCUAAGAUUGGGGGAACUGAAUGCCAAUGGAGAGUACGAGCAGCUAGCGGAAGUCUAUUCAAAAGUCGUUAACGAGGGACAGCCUAAUCGGACUCAAUCGGAUUUCUGUCUCCGGGAGAUUGUGGAGAUGAAACCCCCUAGCUGCAAGUUCCACUCUGAUGAAUGCUUGGAGCUAAUGGCCAGCGAUGCGCCAGCUUACGGAUACCAGAGGACCCACCAGGUCCUCCUGCUUUAUGUGCUGCAGCACCACGUGUGUGCCCCCCGCCUGAGCCCACCUCAGGUGUACGAACUGCUGGCCAGGAGUCAGUGCGAUGAGGUGGAACGCGAACAGAAUGCCAUCCGGAGCCUGGGGCUGCCAGCUGUAUAUCGCGAUCUGUAUCUGGAGCAAGCAACCAUCUGCGGAUUGUUUGGCUACAAUGAGUUUGUCAACUGGCGCAACGUAAUGGAAAUUGGCAGCUGGCUUGCAGGGGACUCGCCGAAGGAUAUAUUGGCUGAUGACGACGAUAGUCAGCACAUAAGCGAUCUGGCCUUGGUGUUCUACAUCAAUGCAUUGCUGCUGCUGCAUUAAGCCCCAUAACGUAUCGAGUGCCCCCAUAAUUCUUGCUUCUGCUUGAUAAGUUAAUAAAGUGCCGCUUAU